GUAUAAUAAUGGUACAAAAAUCAAACGACGGUACUGGUGAUAAUUCACCAACUAGUAAUGGAUUAGCAAAUGACCAACAAGAAGAUAUCUGGACUUCAAUUCUCAAAGGGGUUUCUUCUUCAAAAAUUGUUCCCACCAAAAAUUUACUGAUUCUAGGUGAUAGAGAAUCGGGUAAAUCUACCCUCAUCAGACACCUAAAAGGGGAGAAAGACGAGGAAGUUUAUGAAGUAAAUGGUAGUGUUUCAAAAGGUACUGACACUAGCGCCGAUGAAAACAGUAAUUUCAACCAAAAACGUCUCAACGACUUGGCUUUAAGUUAUACCUUUACUGAAGUUAAAGAAGACGACGCAGAAGAUACGCUUGCUCGUCUUGGUAUAUACCAACUUGCAGGCUCUCAAGAGGCUUAUCAAUCUCUCCUUCAUUUUGCACUCAAUUCUACGACCCUUCCAGACUCUCUUGUUGUAAUUGUUUUAGAUUGGGCACGCCCAUGGACUUUUGUCGAAACAUUACAACGAUGGAUUAAAUUUAUUGAACUUGGUAUUGAACGGGUAAAAAAGGAGGGUGCUGUAGGGUCUAAAGAUAAUUGGACUAAAGGUAAAGCAAUUAUCGAUGAGAUGCAAGAAGCUCAUGCUAGUACUGCAAACGGAGCAGUUCCAGCAUCAUCUGAAGCGGAAGAAGUUGAAUUACCUUUGGGUGAUGGAGUUUUGACCACCAAUUUGGCUGUGCCAUUAGUAGUGGUUUGCACUAAGUCUGAUAACGUUUCCACAUUAGAAAAACAGAUGGAUUAUAAAGAAGAACAAUUUGAUUACAUACAGCAAAGUUUAAGAACUAUUUGCCUUAAAUAUGGUGCUGCACUCUUUUAUACAACCACUCGAGAUCCAAAAACGUUUGAAAACCUCCGCCAAUAUAUUCAUCAUCGACUUCUUGGAUCAAAAUUCAAUGUUGAACCAAAUUAUGUUGAACGUGACACAGUAUUGGUUCCCACUGGUUGGGAUUCUUGGAACCAGAUUAAAUAUUUAAGGGAUGGUUUUGAUUGUGAUGGACUACUUCAAGGUUGGGAUUUAGAUAUGACUGGUGAAAAGGAAACAACAGAAGAUGCCGAAGAAGUUAUCAGCGUUAAAAAAGUGUAUGAAGAUGUUCCACUUACUGGUCCGUCAAUCAUUGAGGCAGAAGACGAACAAGAAUUCUUCAAACGUCACUUUGAUACUUUACAAAAAGCUAAUAACGAACGUCCACCAUCAGUUGUUGGACCAAUGGGUGCUCCUCAAUACGCUUACGCUAACAUUGGAGCUGAAAUUCCAGAAAUCGAAUCACAAGUUUCUGGUAAUAAUAGGAAUAACAUCAAAAAGCCAAUUCCCACACCCGCUUCUCCACCUCCGGGCACUGCGAAUGGUUCCCAACCAGCUACAGCUUCCCCUGGUUCUUCGCAAAAUGAAGUUCUCGCAAACUUCUUCCAAGCAUUACUCACAAAAAAAGCCAAUACCAAUACAACUACUAACCAAGGAUCUUCCCAAACACCCUUAUCACCAAAUGAACCAGCAAAUGUAUACCCAUCCUCCAAACCUACGAGUACUAAUGGAGUACCAACACCAUCAAGAAGGUUGGUGGAAAGUGAAUUGGAUCGAUUGAAGAACUUUUCCAAUCCUGCAACUGCCAACACAGUACAGCUGGAAAAUAAAUAG